UUACAAAGCAUCUUGAAAGCAUGAUGGAAGGAAAUCAAUCCGGUCCUGUGCCCGCACAGAAGGAUGAAGACCAAGGUGGAGAUCAAGGUGAUACGGUGGAUGCAAGGCCAGACAGAAGUUUCAGACUCUCCUUGUUUGAAAACAAUCACAGCAGCAGGUAGGAUUUGCACCUCUCAGGUACGAAAAACCAGGACAUCCAGGAUAAAAAACCAGGACAUCCAUAAAAACCAACACUUGGCAGUGUGUACUGAGCACCCUUACAGAUAUCUUACAGGACAGCUACUUCCAAAAAGUGAUCCUAGGAAAACCUGGAUAGGUGGCAAACCUAGCAGCGGAUCAAGUAUCAGAAAAAAGAAGAAUGGACUGGAACAGCAGCCAGAGGUCCCUGUCAGUAACCAGUGCCGAAUUGUUAACCCAACAUUCAAGUAUAAUAUGGACUACAAGAAAGUUGGCAAAUGUAUUAUUAUAAACAACAAAAAUUUUGAGGACCAAACAGGUAUGGGUAAACGCAGUGGCACCGAUAAAGAUGCUGAAGCGCUUUUUAAAUGUUUUAAAAGCUUAGGAUUUGAGGUUGAUAUAUACAACGAUCAAUGCCGUGAUGAUAUGAAGAAAUUACUCAAACAAGCUGCGGAUGAGAACCACAAUGAUGCUGCCUGCUUUGCCUGUAUCUUUUUAAGCCAUGGGGAAGAGGGCCACAUUUAUGGCACUGAUGGAAUGUUGGAAAUCAAGGAUCUGACCACAUUCUUCAGAGGAGACAAGUGUAGAACUCUGAUAGGCAAACCCAAAUUAUUUUUCAUCCAGGCAUGUAGAGGAUCUACAUUUGAUGACGGGAUACAAACAGAUUCUGGACUUGCAGAUGACACAGAGGUAACAGAUGCCAAUCCCAGAUACAAGAUUCCAGUAGAAGCAGAUUUCCUGUUUGCUUAUUCCACAGUGCCAGGUUAUUUUUCCUGGAGGAACCCAGGGAGAGGCUCAUGGUUUGUGCAGUCUUUGUGCUCCAUACUAAAUGAUCAUGGGAAACAACUUGAGAUAAUGCAGAUCCUCACCAGGGUCAACUACAUGGUGGCCACAAACUAUGAAUCACAGUCGGAUGACCCACGCUACAGCGAAAAGAAGCAGAUACCCUGUGUGGUCUCCAUGCUCACUAAAGAACUUUACUUCUAA